UUUACUUACGAUAUCAUCAAAUAUACAAUAGUGAAGUGCACAAGUGAUGUAACAACACCUAUGUAUUAAGUUUGAACAUCUUGAAGAACAUUAGGUGGUCAACAUGUCAACUCUAGAUGUACAAAUGGUCAAGCAAGAGCCUGUUGACGUAAAAGUCGAAGCAACACAAGAAUGUGCAUGCUAUGAUCAACCAGGAGCUGCACCUUAUGAUGCCAACAUGUCAGCUCUAGAUCUACAAACAGUCGAGCAGGAGCCAAAUGAAUUAGAAGCAACACAAGAACAUGAAUGGCAUGUUCAACCAGGAACUGGACAUUAUGAGGUCAAUAUGUCAACUCUAGAUGCACAAAUGGUCAAGCAGGAGCCAGUUGAAAUAGAAGCAACACAAGAACCUCAAUGGUAUGAUCAACCAGGAGCUUCAGAUCAUAACCUGGACGAGAUGCGUCAUGUUGAAAUUAAAGAAGAAGCAAUGCAAGAACAAUUUUAUGAUCAACCAGGGUAUGGCGAUCUUAACCUGGACCACAACCACAUUUCUACACAAAGUGCCACAAGUAACUUUGAGUGCAGCACCACAA